CCCCUCUCUCUCUCUCUCUCUCUCUCUCUCUCUCUCUCUCUCUCUCUCGCUCGCUCGCUCGCUCUCUGAAAACAAUCAAAGUCUGGUUCGAUGGCGCACGAGGGAAUUCUACUGGGAAUGGGAAAUCCCCUUCUUGACAUUUCAGCUGUUGUGGACGAGAGUUUCCUGGAAAGGUAUGACAUCAAGUUGAACAAUGCUAUUCUUGCUGAGGACAAGCACUUGCCCAUGUACGAAGAAAUGGCUUCCAAGUAUAAUGUGGAGUAUAUUGCCGGGGGUGCUACACAAAAUUCAAUCAGAGUUGCCCAGUGGAUGCUUCAAAUUCCUGGUGCAACCAGUUACAUCGGUUCCAUUGGAAAGGACAAGUUCGGAGAGCAUAUGAAAAGUAACUCAAAACAAGCUGGUGUUAAUGUAAAUUAUUAUGAGGAUGAAUCAGCACCAACAGGAACAUGUGCUGUUUGUGUAGUUGGUGGUGAGAGGUCACUCAUUGCUAACUUGUCAGCCGCAAAUUGUUACAAAUCUGACCACUUGAAGCAACCAGAAAUUUGGUCACUUGUGGAGAAAGCAAAAUACAUCUAUAUUGCUGGCUUUUUCCUUACCGUGUCCCCCGAGUCCAUUCAACUAGUUGGCAAACAUGCAGCUGCCACCAACAAGGUCUUCCUGAUGAACCUUUCAGCCCCAUUCAUCUGUGAGUUUUUCAAGGAUGUGCAACUGCAAGCUUUGCUUUAUGUAGAUUAUGUUUUUGGAAACGAGACAGAAGCAAGAACCUUCUCAAAGGUUCAUGGCUGGGAGACUGAUAAUGUUGAGGAGAUUGCUAUAAAGAUUUCCCAGUUACAAAAGGCAUCAGGAACGCACAAGAGGAUUACUGUUAUCACUCAAGGUGCUGAUCCUGUUGUAGUUGCUGAGGAUGGGAAGGUGAAAUUAUUUCCUGUGAUCAGGCUACCCAAGGAGAAGCUGGUCGAUACCAAUGGAGCAGGGGAUGCAUUUGUUGGGGGAUUUUUGUCGCAGCUGGUACUGGAGAAGCCAAUUGAAGAAUGUGUUAGAGCUGGUUGCUAUGCAGCAAAUGUUAUAAUCCAAAGGUCAGGCUGCACUUUUCCGGAAAAGCCUGAUUUCAGCUAAGCAGCUCAUUUAUAGCAGGAUCAGGAUGCGGCACCUUAUCCUUUGCAUUUUGUGGUUGAGUCAAAUUCCUUAAAAGUAAUUAAUUACCUCCAAAAGUUAUUAUGACAGGAUGCAUUUAUAGCCUCCUGAAUCCAUGUAUCCGGUGAAGCAGUCUAGUUUGUUUUAAACGUUAAAUUUGUUUGUGGUUAUCAUCCACAAUUUAAGUGCCGAGUUAUUUGUGGGAUUUUUCCAUAACGCUACUCAAUUCUGCUGAGUUUGAUAUAUGUACUUUUCUAUAAAUCCUGCCCUAUUCCGCUA